AUGGGCCGGCCGCCAGAAGCGGAGGAUCCCAAGUACCUGGCAGUGCUAUUGAACAACCGCGCGCAGUGCUUCAUCAUGCUGUGCCGCGAGACUCACGGGGAGGACGCCGCCAUCGGGCGGGAGGCCCGGACCUACGCCAUGCGCGCGAACAUGGACACGGCCAAGGCCAUCGAAGUGGCCGCGAAGCCCAGAAAAACGGACCCCACCAGCGGCAAGGCCUACUACCGCCGCGGCUGCGCGGUGCUGGGCAUGGCGCCCUCGGCGAGCCGCGCCAAGGAGGCCAUCGCCUGCCUGGAGACGGCCCUCACAGGCGAGCUGAGCUCCCAGCUGAUAUGA